AUGACCAUUCAGUUCAUUCCAGGAGAUCCUAACAGGUCAACUGAAUGUAUAAGUCAGGCUCACUGGAAAAGCCAUCAUAUAAUUGCUUAUGGAUCUGGCAAUAACCUCAUACUUCUGACAAAGACAGACGGUAACAAGAGCCUUCAGACGAUAUACCUCGAGAGAGAUCCAGUGGCAAUUGACAUCAAUCCAAGAGAUGGUCUAAUAUGUGCAUCAUCUGGCAGUGAGAUUAUCAUCUUGAAGCCGGUCAAUGAGUACAUGUCAGUGCCAAAGUGGACAGAAGAUCUGCGAAUUGAAAAUGGUUCAAACAUUCUCAGCAUCAAAUGGGCUCAAGAUGAGAACGAAUUGGCUGUGGGGUCCGCGGAACUUUUAUCCUUGUAUCACAUUUACGAUGAAUACGGAGAAAUCAAGCAUGUCAAACGUUGGCAGCAAGCCCAGGCUAGCCCUGUGGAGCACUUGGACAUUACAGCAGCAGCAGAUAAGAUUGUCACAUACAAUUCUUCAUCCUUUGACAAUUUCGUCAAGGUCUGGUUUCGAAUCAAUUACGGAGACGCCAAUACUCUCUUCGACCUCGAGUACCUAAAUCACAGCUCCGAUACAUGGAUCACAGGCAUUCAAUGGCGCCAGCUGUCUUGCGAAGUUGAUGACGACAUUCACCAAAUGGCACAUAUCAAAAACUUACGAAGCUAUAUCCGAAAUGAUGAUAGCAGUGAUGUUCUAUAUGUUACAACUAGUGAUCAUGUGCUUCACAUUUGGGCCACAUAUGACUUCAGCGGACAUUCCAGCAUCAAGCAAUGGGCUCUGCUUAGUCUUACACAACGUCUUCUGAGCAAUUACAUGACAUCAAUCAUUAUAGACAAUUCGAUCCUACAAUCGACUUUGAUACCUAUACUAGAGAGUCUCGAGAAACAUACUGAUAUAAUUGAAGCAUUCAAAAUGGCGGAUAUUGAGUCCUCAGACCUUCUCUUAGUGUGGGGUAGCAAUGGCGAACUAACCGUGCUGGCAAUUUCAAGAAUAAGUGAGAGCCCGCCGAACUCCGUUGUCCUAAACGAUAUCUUUACUGUCCAAUGCAACAGACACUGUAUCCCAAGCUUCUCUUUUGCGGAUUUGAUAGAAUCUGCCGGAGAAGAAGAUGUGUCGGGAGAGAGGUUUCAAACAAUAUCAAAUCCCGUUGUUGGCAGUCAUGUUACACAUGACAAAAACACCAUCCAGUUUCUCAUUCAUGACAGAAUGAAGAGCACAGUCAGAUUCGAUGAAAUGAAUUUUGACAGUUUGGUAAAGACGCCGCAACAGUCAGUCUCUCUCAAAAAUAAGUACCAAGGUCAUGCCAAAUCCAUCCAAAAGCUCAUUACCUCCACAUCCUCCUUCGAAGGAAAUAUCAUGUUGUCGAUCUCAAAUUUCCCAGAGCAUAAUUACAUAUGGGAGCCACUACUACUUGAGCCAGAGAAUCAAAAACACAUGUCCAUCACCAAAAGGUUUCGCCUCAAUGUUACAAGAGAUCACGACAAUGUGUAUGACCAGGGAAUCCUGGAUGCUAUCCUCAUCAACGACAUCAAGGAGCCAAUGGGAUCGUUCAGGCGCCAUCUUGCGUUUGUCGUAGAGAAAGGUGGUCACGCAAGUCUCUACGAUUGUGAUGGAGAAACCAUGGAUGAUAAGGACGCUGAGCUUGUAUACUGUCAGCAGAUUCUAGACCAACACAACGAUGUGAUAAGAAAGAAGCCUUUGGCACUCUCGUUGCAUGAGCUCUCGCAUGGCCUCCACGGCAUUAUCGCCAUCUUCAAUCAUGAUCUCGUUAAAGCUUGGACUAUUCAAGUAUCUGGCAAAAGAAUCAUGAUCAAGGAAGCAAAAGUAGACAAUCUUCCGGGAACCUAUGAGGGAGAAUGUCAGGUCUCAGCCGUCGACACCUACCUUGAGAAAGACAUUUCUGCUAUUGAUGGAAGAGGCGUUUUCAGAUCUCUUUCUUCGACGUUUGAUGAAGAGACUCAGACAUUUAGCUGGACACAAAACACACUGAUUCAUACAAGAAUUCAAAAUAUAUCUCAAAUCAGCGGGGCAUCACUCAUCAAUAAGCUAGCUCUUGUCGAUGAGACAGGUCAAGAACUCUCCAUAUGGGAUACACAAUCAGGAUUGUUGGAGUAUAGAGAGGUCUUUCCCGAGAAUUUCGGUAAGGUCAGAGAUUUGGAUUGGAACUUUACUGGAUCUAAUCAUGAAACCACCAAUGCCAUUCUAUCUGUUGGCUUCUCAAGAUUCGUCCUUCUUUACACCCAAUUGAGAUAUGACUACACUAACAAAAUACCGACAUUUGCUAUCUUGAAAAAGAUUGAUAUUUCAGAGUACACUUCACAUGAAAUUGCGGAUUCGAUUUGGAUAGAUGAUGGUUAUCUUGCAAUUGCUUGUGGCAAUCAAUUCUUCAUCGACGACAAAUGGGUUGAUCUAAAAGAAACAGGUAGCACACACGCCAGCAAGUCAAUGAAUCAAACAAUACGACAGCUAAUGAUUGGAUAUAAUGCCAAGCCAACAAGCUACUUGAUCGCAGACUUGGUUAGGAUCCUCAACGGUCCGCUCCCAUUAUAUCAUCCUCAGUUUCUUAUCCAAGCACUUUUUAAUAAUGAGGUUAAACUUGUCGAAGAGAUUUUAGUGAAGUUGCUUCAAGUGUUGCGAGAUGACCAGCCGGUGACUUGGAAUCUUGACUUCAAUUUCUUGGAAGCAAUUAUCCCAGAGAAGAAACCAAAACUCAAACGUCGCUUGUCUCAAAUUGACGGAAUCAAUAAUGAGAAUAUUGAAGUCUUCGGUCAAUUCAAUGGCGUCGUUCUGGACCUUUUGGUAGAGAAGCUUACCAAGGUUUCUUUACCGCUACUCACAAGACAUCAGCAAGUGACUUUAACUACUGUUGUCAACAUUGUCAAUGAACUCUCCCAAUAUAAGCAAUCCAUGGACGAAAAUGGCUUGAAGUUCUUUUUGGGUUUCAAGCUCUUUCAAUCAUCACUGAAGCAAAAAUCAUUGUCAAUGCGUGAUAUCAGUUGGGCGCUUCAUAGUGAUCAAAAAGAAAUGCUUUUUAGUGAUGUUGAUGGAUCCUUCCAGCAUAGAAUGACUUGGGAGAAUAUAAAGCAGACUGGUUUGGUUUAUUGGACAGACACAAACCGGCUUACCUCAAUUAUCGAAAAUGCAGCGAGGAAUGAAUUUGGUGAUACCAGAGAUCCUUCUGGGCGUGUUUCUGUGAUGUAUUUGGCAAUUCAGAAAAAGCAGGUUCUUGUUGGAUUGUGGAGGACAGUAUCCCACGCUGAACGAGAGAAGGUCCUCAAGUUUAUGAGCAACGAUUUCACGGAGCAAAGAUGGCGAAGCGCUGCCCUGAAGAAUGCCUUUGUGCUUCUAGGUAGACACAGAUACAUGGAUGCUGCCUAUUUCUUUCUACUUGGAGGUCUCGUGAAGGAUUGUUGUAUAACGUUAUGCAACAAACUCGAAGAGGUCGAAUUAGCACUUGCAGUUGCCAGGGUAAAUCAUGCCGCUGAUGUCAUCAAACACAUCAUCGAGAAUUUCAUUCUACCAAAAGCUUUGUUGAAGGGCGAUAGGUGGAUGACAAGCUGGGUUUUUUGGCAACUCAAACUUAAGGAGGUUUCAGUUCAAGCAUUGAUCAAAUCCCCGUCGUCUGUUGUGAAGAAGCAUCAAGAGCAUUUCUCUGAAGCCUUCCAGAAGGAAUUGAAAAAGAUGCAACUCGAUGCUCAAAGUCAUAGUUUCCUCAGGGAUGAUCCAUUGCUAGCAGUUUUAUUUCACAAAUUGCGUGCCUCCAAGCUGAACUACCUUAAAGGCUCAAAGGCUGUCACUGGAGAGGAAGAAUUCAAUUUCGUCAUAAAAGUCAGCAUGAUAUAUUCCAGAAUGGGAUGUGACUACUUGGGAUUGCUUCUAGUGAGAAACUGGAAGUUCUUGAGCGAUCACUCAACUAGUCAAGAUGAGGCUCAGAAGGGUAAAGAUCUAUUUUCAGAAUUUGCAGGGCCCACAGUGGAUACUAAGGUGGUGAACGACUCAGUUGCCUUCCAAGAACCUGACAUGAGUGCAUUUAGUUUCGGAUUUUGA